GUGCUCCUGUGUGUGUCUCAUGUGUCCUAGAUGCUAUUCUGCUUCCGCCUAUUUAUCACAAUUAGGCCCACCUUUGGUUAGACCACAACUUGCCGGACUAGUUCCUAGUCAACAUGGUGAUUUACACUUUUGUCUCUAUUCUUAUUCUGUACGGGAUUCAAUUCGCUAUUUCAAAAGCAGUCAAUAACCCUUAUAGUAGCGAUUUCCCCGGACCCAUAGCUUGUCAACUUGCAAAAGACUGCGGACACACAGGAUGUUGCCUUCAUGGAAAGUGCAGCAGAACGGGAGCUACUUUGGACAAGUGCUACACUUCCGUGUAUGGUAACGGUCGUGAAAGACCAGCUGGCAUUUGGAACGAGACUGACCUAUGUCCUUGCAUGCUGAAUGAUUACUGUCUUCCUUAUCAAAACCCUGAACAGAUUGAUCCGAAAUAUGGAACUGUAGGAUUUUGCAACUCAAUCAUGAAGUGAAUGUAGCUCUAUGUGAGAUAAAUGUGCAUUAAAUUGUACUAUCUGCAAAAA